AAGAAAAUUGGCAUUUUGCCUCGAGUUUUGUGUGGCGUUGGGCUGAAUGUGAUAGAAAAGUGAAUGGCCUACAAACCACUCAGAUAGUAGCCGCCGUAAUAUCAAGUUAAAGUUUUAAGUUUAAUUUAGAAAUCAAUAUGAAACUUUUAUAUUUGACGUUCCUGGUGCUACCGGCGGCUUUGCUGUGUCUGCAGACAAACACAAUCUUAGCAAGGGCCGAAGAAGACGAGCUAGAUGAUGUUGUAGACAUUGAAGGGGAAGACAACCAGGUGGUCGGGGAUGAUAUCAGUGAAGAUGAUGACUCUGUAGUGAAGUCCUCGCAGGACGUAGACACGACAAUACUGUUCACCAAGCCUGUGCCUAAUUAUGGAGAUAAUGCUUUUGAUUUGCAAGCUGGAUUCCCAGUGGAAUUCCUUGUUGGUUUCAUCAACAAAGGUGUUGAAGACUACAUAGUGGAAUCUAUGGAAGCCUCGUUCAGAUACCCUAUGGACUACACAUACUAUAUUCAGAACUUCACCGCUCUGCCGUACAACAGAGAAGUCAAGCCAAAACAGGAAGCCACUUUUGCAUACUCUUUCAUCCCUAAUGAGGCUUUUGCGGGUAGACCUUUUGGAUUAAAUGUACAGUUGAACUACAGGGAUGCCAGCGGAAACUUCUACCAGGAGGCAGUGUACAACCAGACAGUGAACAUCGUAGAAGUGUCAGAAGGUCUGGACGGGGAGACAUUCUUCCUAUACGUGUUCCUGUGCGCGGCCGGCGUGCUGGCGCUGGUGCUGGGGCAGCAUGGGCUGGCCUCACUGGCGCGUCGUCGUGCGCCGCGCGCCGCCGCUCGCGCGCCCGAGACCGGCACCGCCAACGGGGUGGACUAUGACUGGCUGCCCAGAGAAGUCGUCAACCAGCUCAAAAAAUCUCCCAAAACGCCCAAACAGUCUCCACGCGCAAGAAAGGCAAAAAGAUCAGCUGGCGACGAUUAAUGUAGCAUUUUAGUGUAUUGUGUACACCAAUUGCUGCGCCGAGUGCGACCGAGUGCAUGUGUUUUGACUAAAAUAAGAAUAGACCCUCAUCCAAUACCAAAAUCCAAAAAUUUCUGUCUUAUUUGCCUGAAUUUUCUUUUUUAGUGAAUACUCAUUUCUUUGUACAGUUAUAGAUGUAUUCUUAUUUUAGUCAGUGAUGAACAGACUGUUUUAGAUGCUAAGUGUGUGGUGAGAGUAAAUUAUGGAACAAACAGUGCUGAGAGCUUUGUAACAACGUGUGUGAAAGACGUUAAUUUAAUAAAAAAAUGUUACAUUUUUA